AUAGCCGAGCCCCGGGUAAACAGCGCACAUUGGGGCAAAAUACAGAUUUAUAGAAGAAUUCAAAAUGACGACGGAGCAGAAGAUGGAGUCGGAGGGCAGCAGGAGCGAAGACAUUGGGCGCACUAAGACCGGGCCCAACUUGAGUGAGGAGUCUCUCGGGAGCAGCACCUCAUCGUCGGUACUCAACUCGUGGACCAUUCUGCCAGUGGUUAAGGAGAAGGAUGACGGACUGGAGGCGAAGACCGAAGUGUUGACGGAUUUAAGGCCGAGCAGUCGGGCGGAUAAGCAGAAAAACGAGAGCAGAUGCAACAGGCCUGCAGCCGAGGAUCCUCAGGCAGAUGAUAUUUCUGAUGGCAUUUCGAUAAUCAGCGAUUGCGAGAGUACGGAUCGCAUAUCACCGAAUCUAUUUCUGCGCGAACCCCUAUUGGGUGACUUGGGUUUCGGUGAUUUACCAACUAGUCCCGUGGAACUGAUUGCCCCAAUUAGCACUGACCAGCAGCUAUCGGAGUAUCCUGAGCGGGAGCCGGAGCAGCAACAGCCUGAGUCCAAGAGCGUAGUGCGCUCCAAAUUAGAUCUGCAGUUGCCCCCGCUGGUGCAAAAUGGCCUGACCGCCUUCUUCUAUGUGGCCUCCACUUUGGCCAUUCUAGCCUUUGUCGGCAAACUACGCAAUCCGGAAUGGCAGGUGCUCGGUGAGGAGAAGCCCCUGAUCGAACUGGAGCGCCGAGUGGGGGAGCUAGAGCUACAAAACAAUCUACUGCGCGCCGAGAUCGAUAUCAUGUCCAAGAAACUGCAAUAUCUCGCAUCUGGACAGGAUGCAACGAUGCAGCGACAGGGAGCUGGUCGUGCCAAGGGCAAGACCUUCAAGGCCUGGCCAGGAAAUGGUGAUUCGGUUCAGCCCGUGGAUAUCACCAAGGCCGAUUUGAAGCAACCGUUUCAGUGCGACAAUGGUCAGUUCGUUGAGAUCGCUGGCAUGUGCCUGGAGAACAAGCAGCAUCUGGAUUCUCUAACAGAUGAGAUUGGAAAUGCCGUCAACGAUGUGCUACAGCAGUCUGGAGCCUUUCACAAGUUUGAAAAGGUCACCGAGAAGCUGGGCAACUUUGCUGGUGCCGAGGAUACCGAAAACGUUGAUCCCAAAGGUUUUCACUCGAAAAGAAAUGAUGGUCCACAAACCGUGACUUCCCAUGGCCAGUCAUCGAAGCUGGCGGAUGGUUCGAAAGAGCGUUACAGGCCAAAGUAUAAGCAAGAGUACAACUCCAACGAAAGAAAGCAGCGGCGACGGAAUGAAGAUCACGAUCGCCGCAGCCGUACAGAUGAUCACUCACGGGAGCAUGGUAAAACUAAAUGCUCCGAUCAGUCCUCCAAUAAACGAGGGUGUUACAAUAAGAAAUCCAACGAGGAGCACUCCAACGAGAACAGCAAAGAACGCUAUCCUAAUAACGAUAGCGGUAGUGGCGAGUGGCAUGAACGAAUGAUGCUACAGCGAGAAAACACUCGCCACAAACAUCAGAAGCGGAACAAUAAGAACUGGUUCAUCAAGCGAGGCGAAAGUCGCGAACAGAUGCGUUCUGGAGAGACCCAAAGCUAAAUGGAUUCCCCCCAAUCUUAUAUAUAAUCUACGCAUCAAGACGAUGACCUCUAUCUUCAUCCCGUAGGGAAGAAAGGAUCGAAAUUUCGCAACAGAGGUCACAUAUACAUAUAUACUUUAAUCCCAAGAUAUACUUAAGGACAAAGUGUGCUAGUAAAGCGCACACCGAAUUUGCGCUGGUUCCUAACUAUA